UUCAGUGUUGUUUAUGGAUUAAAAUUUUGAUUUUCUUUAGCAUAUGAUUAUAUUUUCUGAGUUGUGUUGAUUAUUCUACAAAAACAGUUGUACGACAUAAACAUGAGUUCUUUCCGUCGAGAUAAGAAAGAGGAGGAAGAAGGAGCCGGGAAUCUAUUUCAAAACUUGGACAAAACUACGCUCAUUCAAGAGGCCAGAUAUUUUAACUCAACGCCAGUUAACCCAAGAAAAUGCAUUUUGAUCUUGUCCAAAAUUAUAUAUUUGCUGAAUCAAGGCGAGAAACUAACCACUCAAGAAGCAACGGACAUGUUCUUCGCAACAACUAAACUCUUCCAAUCCAAGGAUGUGGUGCUCCGCCGGCUAGUAUAUCUAUGCAUCAAAGAACUUAGUUCCAUGGCGCAAGACGUAAUUAUAGUGACAUCAUCACUUACCAAGGAUAUGACGGGCAAAGAAGACUUGUACCGGGCAGCUGCAAUCAGAGCCCUGUGCAGUAUAACAGACAGUACAAUGCUGCAAGCCAUUGAGCGCUACAUGAAGCAAGCCAUAGUAGAUAAGAAUCCAGCAGUGAGUUCUGCGGCGCUUGUGUCAGCUUUACACUUGUCUGGGACCGUCCCAGACCUUGUUCGCAGAUGGGUCAACGAAGCUCAGGAGGCAAUAUCAUCUAACAACGUAAUGGUGUCCUACCAUGCCCUGGCAGUUGUUGCGGGUGCUCGUCGCAACGAUCGCUUGUCUACCGUGAAGCUGGUCACGAAACUGUCCCACUCCCAUCUUACUUCGCCAUAUGCACUGUCUCUUUUGAUUCGCCAAGCCGCUAAACUCGCAGAAGAAGAUCAAACUGACAAUACUGAACAACAUUUGGAAUUUAUCGAAUCAUGUUUACGUCAUCCUUCUGAAAUAGUAGUGUAUGAAGCUGCUCAUGCGCUUGUGAAUCUGAGGCAGUCUCCCAGAGACCUCGCGCAGGCUGUAUCUGUACUGCAAAGCUUCUGUGGCUCCUCGAAGGCUGCACUACGGCUGGCCGGCGCUCGGACGUUGGCUAAACUUACAGCCAAACAUCCUACUGCUGUUACCACCUGUGCACUUGAUUUAGAAAAUUUGAUAACAGACCCCAAUCGAUCCGUCGCCACCUUGGCCGUUACGACUCUCCUUGCCACGGGCGCCGAGAGCUCUAUUGACCGCCUGAUGAAACAAAUUUCGAGCUUCAUGUCUGAAAUAUCUGAUGAGUUCAAGAUCGUAGUGGUUCGCGCAAUUCGCCAAUUAUGUUCAAAAUACCCACGAAAACAUCAAUCCCUAGCAGCCUUUCUGGCAGGAAUGCUUCGUGAUGAAGGUGGGGUUCAAUAUAAGACAGCUAUAGCUGAUGCGAUCAUUGCGCUAGUUGAGGAAAAUCCUGAUGCUAAAGAAACUGGUUUGGCGCACUUGUGUGAAUUUAUUGAGGACUGUGAACACGUCUCUUUGGCCGUUCGCAUAUUGCAUGUAUUAGGACGUGAAGGCCCAAAGGCUAGGCAACCAUCCAGGUACAUCAGAUAUAUUUAUAACCGUGUGAUUUUGGAGUCGGGACCGGUGCGCGCCGCGGCAGUUUCUGCCGUCGCGAGGUUCGGGGCGGCACGCUCAGAAUUACUUCCUAAUGUAAGAGUACUUCUAGCUCGUUGUCAAUUAGACGAUGACGAUGAAGUACGCGACCGAGCAAUAUAUUACAGCGCCAUAUUGGACUCUGAUGACCGUCAGCUUAUUGAUGAAUUCAUAACAAAUGUACCGGUACCAAACGUAGUGCUUUUGGAAAGAGCACUGCGUGACCAUCUAGCCACUAUGCCUGGAGAGCCAUUUAAUAUUGAUUCUGUACCUACUGAAGAAGAACCUCAGAAAGUUACGGAAUCCCCUGUAGAAAUAGAACCUCGCAAACUUAUCACGGUUUCUCGAGAAGAGCAGUAUGCUGACCAGUUAAAGGUGAUACCUGGCGUAGAAGUAUUUGGGCCAUUGUUUAAGACAUCCGAGGCAGUCGAUUUAACUGAGCCCGAGACAGAGUACAGGGUCAGAUGUGUCAAACACGUUUACGCUCGCCACUUGGUACUUCAGUUCGAAUGCCUUAACACACUCAGUGACCAGAUUUUAGAGAACGUGCAUAUACGCCUAGAGCCUGCACCCGGUUACAAAAUUCUUGUAGAAGUCGCCUGCGAACAGCUUCCUUAUGACAAACAGGGAAACGUAUUCUGUAUUUUGGAGUUUCCACUAAGCCCUAUCGAGACGCUUGGUACGUUUGGAGCUACUCUCGAGUUCGUAGUGCGCGAUUGUGACCCCACAACCGGACUGCCGGAUUCUGGAGAAGGGUAUGCAGAUACAUAUCCUCUAGAAGAGGUGGAGAUUGGGUGUGCGGAUCAGUUCAGAACCAAAGCGGCAUCCGACGAGUGGGAAGCGUCGUGGGAGAGGGCGUCGAGCGCUGCGGAAGCCUGCGACACAUUUGAGUUGCCUCAGCGAAACGUGGCCGAAGCUGCACUGGCCGUGUGUACUCAUUUAGGUUUACCUAAAGCGGCUGUAGUUGGAGGAUCAGACGCCAUGAAAGAAAUCCGAGGCGGUGGGUUGUGGAGGGAGGGCACCCCGGCGCUAAUAAGGGCCCGCCUGGUCGCCGCCCAAGGCACCGUCACUAUGCAGCUGGCUGUGCGCUCCCCGCGAGACGAUAUCGCCACUCUUAUGUUAAUCGCUGUGGGAUAAGUUGCGAUACAAUGUUAUUUUUUUUAAUUACUGUCAUUAACAUACAUACAUAUGAAUAUUAUCAAUAUGUAAAUAUGUAUAUCAUAAGAAUACAUACAUCCUCAUGUUAAAAAAUAUAUAAUAGUGUAA